AUGCUGCAGUGUAGACAGGCCCAGGAGUUCAGCUUCGGCCCUCGGGCCCUGAAGGAUGCGCUGGUCUCCAGUGAUGCCGGCCUGCAGCAGCUCUACACCUCGGCCUUCACCCCGGCAGAGAGGCUGUUCCUGUCCGAGGCCUACAAUCCCCAGAGGACCCUCUUUUGCACACUGCUCAUCCACUCGGCCUUUGACUGGCUGCUGAGCCACCCCGAGGCCCCUGAGGACUUCCAGACGUUCCACACCUCCCUGCAGCACCGGAAGCAGAGCCUGGCUCGGAAGCACAUUUACCUGCAACCAAUAGAUCUGAGCGAGGAGCUGGCAGGAUGCCCCCUGCUGGACCACCUGCGGAGCUGCGUGGAGGCCUUCUUCUUGGGCUUGCGGGUCAAGUGCCUGCCCUCUGUAGCGGCUGCGUCCAUCUGUUGCUCCUCGCGCCCCAGUCAGGACUCUGGUGAGCGGCAGCUCCACACAGAUGGUAUCCUGUCCUUUUUGAAGAACAACAAGCCAGAUGACGCACUGUGUGUGCUAGGCCUCACGCUUUCUGACCUGUACCCCCACGAGACCUGGAGCUUCACCUUCAGCAAGUCCCUCCCAGGGCAUGAUGUGGGAGUCUGCAGCUUCGCCCGGUUCUCAGGGAAAUUCUCUCAGGUGGGGCCCAAUGACCUUGAUCCAGGUCUGCUUGAGGAGGCAGCAAAUGGCCCUGAGACCCCGCUGCAGGACACAGGCAGGAGCCAUUGCUUCAGUGCCCUGGGGGUGGUACAGUGCUGCAAGGUCACAUGCCAUGAACUCUGCCACCUCCUGGGCCUGGGGAGCUGCCGCUGGCUCCGAUGCCUCAUGCAAGGGGCGCUCAGUCUGGAUGAAGCCCUGCGGCGGCCCCCAGACCUCUGCCCCAUCUGCCUGAGGAAGCUGCAGCACGUCCUGGGUUUCCGGCUUGCUGAGAGGUACAAG